AUGAUACAAUACCUUAUUCUUCUAACCAUAGCAGUUCCCGCUCUUGGAGGGCAGCUGUCCGCCUCUAGCUUUACUCCGGAGGUUCAUUGUGGACUGGCUCAUGGAGUGAGUGCUCUUGUAGUGAUCUCUAACGGUGAUCACCCAGGAGAAGUCGCCGACAUUAUGUGCGCUGUUUUGACUGACAAGAAGCCCAACUAUCUGGUGCUGAGCCGAGUUAAAGCAAGCCCUCGUGGUGUUGUAGCUGAUCGUAAAACGUCCUUCUGUGCGAUGCGAUUGGGCAAGGAUGGUAUCUUUCGAGCGAGUUCAACUGACUGUGACCCCAUGAGAAUGAGCAAAGCCUUCAACUUCACGUACAUCCAUACCCUUUUCCCCGGUAGUACAAUUGAUGUAUACAAUGGUUCCUUAGACGUUAUCUCGCUGUCACGCCCUGCUCCUAUAGGGAUGCCAGACGCUGCUGUUUUCGUGGGUGAUGACGACGAGCUUCGGGUCUCCAAGAUCGCUCCCCAAGGGCCGUGGUAUCUGCAACGAGGCGAUGCGUUCUUUCCUAUUCCGAUCGAGUGCGCUCCUAAAAAGAAAGAGAAGCUUGGGCUUUUUAAGAAGCUCACUCGUUCGCGUCCCGUUAACAUGGACCGUGCUAAGGCUAGGUGUGACCCUGGUGCUGAUCGGUGGCUCACAAUGAACCUUGAUGGUGAUGUUUAUCAUCUUCUAUUCGGCUCAACAUUUGGCUCCAAACUCGCUGUAGUUCCCUUCAUAUUAGUUGCGAAGAGACGUGGGGAAACGACGCUGAUCUUCAAAUUAUUGGAGCCCGUAGUGCGGAUGAAACUUGAAAGUGCAUUGAAACCCUUCGAAGAUUUCCAUUCGGCACAGAUCAAGAAGUAA